UCUUAAUUUUAAAAACACGUUUAAUUAUCUCAAAAUGCUAAGAAAAUAAGACUCGUUAAAACAGUGUUACUAAAGACUCGUUCAAUGCAAGUUAAAGCAAUCACACACACAACUAACAAAACUCAUUUCUAAAUUAAGUAAACAAAUUCUAAACACACACAAACACACUCUCACAUUGUCACCAUACACAAAAUUUUAAAACACUUGAAAAGAAAAAGAAAAAAUUAUAUAUUGCAAAACCAAAUAAACAUUCAGUCUUUAAAUUUCCCACGGCGGAGAUAAACAAUCUCCGACACUCUUUUCUUCAAUGCCGAUAGCGAAACCGAUCAACCAAAACACUACUGUUCCAUAUCCCCCUCAACAUUACAGUAAACCGCCUCUAGUCAUAAUCCUAACCGUGAUCCUCCUCGUCGUUUUCUUCAUCGGUUUCUUUGCUCUAUAUUUCUGCAAAUGCUUCUACCACACUCUCACCGAAGCUUGGAAUCACCAUUACCGCAACGGAUUACCCGAAAAUCAAGUCCAAGCACAACAAGAUCCCGUUCAACCACCGGUUAACCCUGGUCUCGAGCCACAUAUCAUCCAAUCAUUCCCUUUGUUUCCAUUCUCAUCCGUCAAAGACCUCAGGGAAGACAAAUACGGUCUCGAAUGCGCCAUUUGUCUUCUUGAAUUCGAAGAAGAACACAUCUUCCUACGACUCUUGACAACUUGUUACCAUGUUUUCCAUCAAGAAUGCAUCGAUCAAUGGCUUGAGUCUAACAAAACAUGCCCUGUAUGUCGUCGGAAUCUAGAUCCAAACGCGCCUGAAAACAUCAAAGAGUUGAUCAUCGAAGUCAUACAAGAAAACGCACACGAAAAUCGCGAUCAAAAUCAAACGUCAACAUCAAACGAGGUUUUGUUGUCGAGACAAAGUAGUAGUAACAACGAGAGAAAGAUUGAGACGUUACCGGAUAAGUUCUCGAGAUCAAAAACGACGGGACAUUCAAUUGUGAGGAAUAAACCGGAGGAAGAAGAUAGGUAUACUUUGAGGUUACCGGAUCAUGUUAAGAUUAAGGUUACGAGAAGACAUAACAAUAAUCAAACAGAGAGUUGUAUUUCAUUUGGUGAGCUUAUGAGAAACAGAGGAGGCCGGUUUGGUGAAGUUUCUGGUCAAUCUCUUGUACCGGAAUCAUCAGGAAGUUAAAAGAGGAUUUACAAACUUUUUUUCAAUUUAAUUAGUUCAUUUUGUUGUUUUUGUAUUUCUUAAUUAGAUAGGAUUUUAGAUAUAUUCAAAUGAAAAGUUGAAUAGUUCAUGUCAAACAAAAUUUAUUUAAUUUAUAACAUCUA